UAGAUGGAAAAUGAAAAUAAUAUUUGCACCAAGAGUGACGUACCAAGAAGUAAAGCAAUAUGGAAUUCAGAGAGUUUGAAUUUUUUCUUAGACUUCUGUAUCAAAGAGGUUGAUGAUGGGCAUCGUCCUACUACUUAUUUAGAUAAAGUUGAAUAUGUAAACUUGAUUACAAAUAUGAAGAAAGCAACUGGAAGAGAUUACACUAGACCACAAUUGAAAAAUAAGUGGGAUGGAUUAAAAAAUGAAUGGAAGCUUUGGAAGCAACUCAAGGGAAAAGAAACUGGCUUAGGAUGGAAUAUAAAAAAGAAUACAAUUGAUGCAACUGAAGAUUGGUGGAAUAGUAAAUUACAGAGUCAUCCCGAUGCUGCAAAGUUUCGCAUUCGGGGAAUUGAACCAGAGGUAGAGGAAAAAUUAGAUAGGAUUUUCAUGAACACUGUUGCUACAGGAGAGUAUACUUGGACACCUUCAUCUGGAAUAAUUCCAUCUAAGUCUGAAAAACCUUUUAACAAUAUUGAAACCUUACAUGAACAACUUGAGAGUAGUGACGAUGAUCUAGAGAUGCCUAAUACUGAUAGAUUUCUUAGAGAGAAAAAUAACAAGAGAUUAGCCGAGCCACUUGAGAAACAAAAUAAAGCAAUGAAACAUGGAAAAGGAAAAAUGAAGAAGACAGGGCCUUUAAUGAUAUUUGAACAAAUUGGUCGCCUUGCUGAUGCUGUGGAGACAAGGAGUAGAAAUAUUGAAACAGCUAGAAAGGAGAAUAGUAUUACCGAAGUUAUGAAAAUUUUAAAUUCUUUGCCUGGAAUUGAGAAAGGGAGCAGCUUGUAUUUAUUUGCAACUCGCUUGUUUAUCAUGAAAGAGAAGAGAGAGAUGUUUGCUUCAUUGGAAGAACCUGAGUUGAUGCUUACUUGGCUCAAGAAUGAGCAUACUCUGGGAUAAUUAUAAUACUAUGACUUAUAGUAGUAGUAGUAUUUAUUUUCUAAACUUUGUGUUAUGAUGUUAGUAUAUGUUUAUUAUGUUAUUUCUUUACAGACUUUUUUUUUAAAUUGCUCUCAAGACUUGGUGUUGUCACUAUUUAAUAUAAAUAUGCUUUAUUAUGUUUUUCACUUGCAUUUGUUAUGAAGACUUUAUGGCUAUUUGGCAUGUAUUUUAUAUACUCUUUAAUAUACACAGGUUUAUUUUAAAUUAGAAAUAAUGGCAGACACGGAUGAGGAGAUUGAGUUACAAUCGGCGUCUAUAGCUACAUACUUUGUUCAACAUUAUUAUACAACAUAUAUUGAAAAGACACCUUGUAUGAAUUCUUCUCAAACUGGUCAUAUGUGGUUGAUGGAAAUAUUAAAAGGAA